AUGGCUCCGCGCAAAAAGACUGCGACAGCAGCCAAACCCAGCAAAGCUGCGAAACCUAGCAAAGCAAUCAUCACAGCUCCAUCGACUUCUCUGGCUGCAGUGUUACCGCCAUCACGCGCGCACGAUGCGUCAUAUCACUAUCCGCUGCUCCUCGGCGACCAGUCCGGGUGCGACGCAUUGUUGAGUUGGUUCCAUGACGUCGCGGAGACGCGUAGUAUGCCGUGGAGGAAGGAGUGGAUUGAUCCGAAAGCGUAUGAAGACAAAGAAGAACUUGGACGCGUAUUAUCGAAGAGGGCGUAUGAGGUUUGGGUGUCUGAAGUUAUGCUCCAGCAGACUCGUGUUUCGACAGUAAUACCCUACUUCAAUAAUUGGAUCGCAAAAUGGCCUACGGUUCAGGAUCUUGCCGAAGCGGACCAUGACGAUGUCCUUUCCGUAUGGAAAGGCCUGGGUUACUAUUCACGUGCGACACGCCUUCACGAAGGUGCAAAAGCCAUGAUCGCCAAAUCUGCCGGUGCUCCCUGUGCUCUUCCCAGUGGUGCCACAGAACUACAAGAAUUUCCCGGCAUCGGAAGAUACACUGCAGGCGCGGUAUCAAGUAUCGUAUUUGGAGAGGCAGAGCCUGUCCUCGAUGGUAACGUUAUGCGUGUGCUCAGUCGACAGCUGGGCUUGUACAUGGAUGUCAAGGACAAGAAAGCUACGGACGUUCUGUGGGAUAUGGCGGAUCAACUAAUUAAACACGCCUCAAACUCCCCGGAAACGCGCACAAGUGCCGUACCAGGGCUGUGGAAUCAAGCGCUUAUGGAGCUGGGUUCCACUAUCUGUACGCCGCGACCCAGGUGUGACGAGUGUCCAAUUCAGGCGACAUGCAGGGCCUAUAGCGAAGCUAAGGUGUUAUCUGACAAGCAUCAGUCACCGGCUGUAGUGCCUGACAUCGAGGACGCGUGUUCUCUCUGCGCAUCCCUAGAUACCGAAGACCUGGUUGCAGUUUCCGAAGACGCAACAAACAAUGAUCCGCCGCGAGCAACUAAGAAGAGAAAAGCAGCUGUAAAACAAACCAACACCAUCUCGCAAUACUUCGCUGUUGGCACACCCAAAUCAGGCAUAGAUACGGAGGACGAUGGUGAAGAUCUUGGCAGCCCACCUGUUGAGGAUUCAAAGAAGCGGAAGCUGCCGGCGGCUACUGGGGAAUCCAAAUCAAUAUCGACGUACUGCUCACUCUUCCCCAAAAAGGUGGCGAAGAAGAAGGCCGCCGAAGAGGAUUGUGUGGUAUGCGUGAUAGAGUUGCGCUCGGAGGACGGUAACAGUAAAUGGCUGAUAGAGCAAAGGCCGGCCAAAGGUCUCCUCGCAUCACUGUGGCAAUUCCCGCAGAGCCCGCUGGCUGCAUCACAAAAGACGCCUCAACAGCGCAAAGCAUCGGCGCAGCAGUACAUCUCCGGUCUCGAAGCCGGCGCAACUGAUAUGAGCAAAGCGCGUUGUGUCGCGAGUUUCCCGCCAUUGGUCCAUGUCUUCACCCAUCUGAAGCUUACUAUGCAUGUCUAUCAGUAUAGGAUCGACGCCGAUAACGCCAGAGAUAUCGAGCUUAUAUGCAAGGGCCCGCCCACCCGCAAAUGGGUAGACAGCGAAUCCAUGGACGAUGAGACGUUAUCGACGGGUAUGCGCAAGUGCUGGGACCUUGUUUCAAAAAGUCUACACUGA